AGCCCUCACAAUUCUGAUGCACAGAUAGCGAUAUCUACCGAAAGUGCGGUGAUAUCAGCAAGUGAAGCUGCUGAGAUAGCUUACCUGGCAGGAGUAGCAUAGUUCCUUCUGUCGUACCUGCAAGUGGACUUUCGCUCGUCUGCUUCAGCGUCAUCGGACUCUAGCUACAUUGUAUUUCCAGUGGGCGCUUCCGCUUCAGAUACGACCAUCAUGCUGUCCCAUCGUUGCAUACCACUCGGCACUCUUGGCGUCGUCUUCCUGCUGUCCAUCGCACGAGGGCAGGGACCUCCCGAGGACGAAGUUGGCGUCCUUCCUGGACUCGCGAGGCAGCCCAGCUUCAAGCAGUACUCGGGCUACCUGCGAGCUGGUGAUACACGCCUGCUACAUUACUGGUACAUGGCUAGUCAGCGCUCGCCCGACACUGACCCCGUGGUUCUUUGGUUCAACGGCGGUCCCGGUGCCAGCUCGCUGAUCGGCGCCCUGGCCGAGAACGGACCUUUCCGCGUUGUCAGAAAGGGCAAGUCGUUGAUUGUGAACCCAUACAGCUGGAACACUGUCGCCAACGUCUUGUACAUCGAGGCUCCUGCUGGAGUUGGAUUCUCGUACGACACCAGCGGCCAAUAUGUGACGAACGACGACCAGACCGCAGACGACAACUACCUGGCCGUGCAGGACUUUUUUCGGAAGUUCCCCACCUUGAAAGAGCGAGACCUUUACGUGACCGGCGAAAGCUACGGCGGUGUGUACGUGCCCACACUGGUGGAAAGGUUGCUCAGGCCGCCCAACGGGACACGCCUCAGGGGGUUGGCCAUCGGAAACGGGGCCCUGGAUGAAGAAGCUCUUGGCAACUCAGUCAUAUUUUUCGCCUACCACCACGGUUUCUUUGACCUUGACGCAUGGACAAGACUUAUAUGUUAUUGCUGCAACGGAAGCGCCAGUCCUGAAGGAUGCAACUUUGUUGAUCCUCGUACGAAGACCGCAGCUCUUUGCAAAGCCGAGGUCGCUGAUGUUAGCCGCAAGAUAGCCUCUCUGCCUCUGAACCCGUACAAUAUUUACGACGAGUGCUACGGCAACUCCCAUCUACUGGCAGGUUCAGCUGGGACUAUGGGCCGGCUGUCUCCUUACCACAAGCACCUUCAGGUCACCUUUAGGGGAAGUACACAUUCAGAUGAGAAAUCGUCCAACUGCAUCGAUAGUAAGGCCCUUGCUACUUACCUUAAUAGGGAAGACGUCAGAGCUGCUUUGCAUGUCGAAGAUUGUCCCCUAGAGUGGAAAUCAUCCAGUGAGGUACUCAACUACACGCGCCAGUACUGGCACAUGGGCCCUGUUGUCAAGAAGAUCGUCGAUUCCGGACGCCUGAGAAGCCUCAUAUAUAACGGCGACAUUGACACAGUUUGCAACUUCCUCGGUGACCAGUGGUUUGUAAGGAACCUCGGAUAUAAGAAUACCACAGAGUACCAGCAAUGGAUAUUGGAUAGUCGCCUUGCCGGAUUUUAUCAGAGCUUUGAUGGAAACAUCACCUAUGCUACAGUCCAGGGAUCCGGUCACAUGGUGCCUCAUGACAAGCCAGCUCAAGCUCUCUACAUGAUCUCGCAGUUCAUCGCCAACAAGCCGCUAUAAAAAAUUAUGAUGAUGAUGAUCCUGAUGGCGAUUACAACAACCUCAAAAAACGGCCCAAUCUAACUGUGGGGGAAUGACUAAGAAUCAGGUGGUUGCAGGAACGAGAAAAAUAAAUCCAAACACAAGGUAAAA